UAAAAUCAUUUAUUUUUCACUCCGUCCUCAAAUAUUUUCUUUGCCAAGACUAUAAAUAAAUCUUUAGGUUCUUCUAGCCCAGUCAAUGUUGAAGCUGCUGCUGAUUUAAGGGACAAUACAAAACAAAAAGAGCAACAAUUUGUAUUUUUUGUGUCAGUCUGCGACCGUGGGAAUAAUGCAGCGUUUCCAUCCAGACAGCGCUGAGCGGAGGAUGAGGAGACCAGCAGAAGGUUGGGAAGAGCAGGCACUGUGUUUGGCAAUGGGAAUCCAAGAAGGCAGCUCUCCACACCCCCUUCUGCAGCAGAGGACAAGCUGACCCGGAAGAAAAGUAGAGAGAGAGAGUUGAUUGUUGAAGGAGAUUGCAUUCAUUCAGAAAGCUCUCGGCUUACCCUGUUUCCAGGUCUUAAUAUAUGUCCCCUCACCACCACCUAUAACAUCAGCAGAGGGAAGUGAAGUCUACUUGCACCAUGGUCGGAUGCAAGGUCACCCUGGCGACCUGUGCUUUGAACCAAUGGGUACUAGAUUUUGAAGGAAAUCUGAAAAGAAUUCUGAAAAGUAUUGAAAUAGCAAAAUCAAAAGGUGCACGAUAUAGACUUGGACCUGAACUGGAAAUUUGUGGCUAUGGCUGUGCUGAUCACUACUUGGAACUCGAUACAGUACUUCACUCAUUUCAAGUAUUGGCAGAACUGCUGGUCUCUCCGGUCACUGAAGAUAUAAUGUGCGAUGUAGGAAUGCCAGUCAUGUACAAAAACACCCUCUAUAACUGCAGAGUGAUUUUUCUCAACAAGAAGGUAUUGUUAAUUAGACCAAAGAUGGCCAUGGCAAAUAGUGGCAACUACCGAGAGCUACGCUGGUUUAUGCCAUGGGAUAAACCGAGGAUAGUCGAAGAAUUUUCCCUUCCAGAUAUAAUCCAAAGGGUGACUGGACAGGAUACUGCUCCGUUUGGUGAUGCUGUCAUUGAGACAAAGGACACCUGCCUGGGCAGUGAAAUCUGUCAGGAGCUCUGGGUUCCGAACAGCCCCCACAUUACCAUGGCGAUGGAUGGGGUUGAAAUAUUUACUAAUUCUUCAGGGAGCCACCAUCUCCUUCGGAAAAAUUACGUGAGGGUCGAUCUUAUCAAGUCAGCGACGGCAAAGAAUGGUGGUAUUUAUCUCCUUGCCAACCAGAAAGGCUGUGAUGGUGAUCGCCUGUACUAUGAUGGCUGCGCAAUGAUUGCUGUCAAUGGCCACCUUGUGGCUCAAGGAUCCCAGUUUUCCUUGGAUGAUGUGGAAGUUAUAACGACCACUCAGGAUUUGGAAGAUGUCAGAAGCUACGAUGCAAUCAGGAUAUCUGCAAGAUUAAUGGCAACUGAAGUCCAGCCCUACCCUCGGGUGAAGGUUGACUUUGCACUUUCUUCAGUCGAUGAUGUCUGUAUGCCCUCCAUUGAACCCAUUCAGAUCCGGUACCAUACUCCUGAGGAGGAAAUCAGUCUUGGACCGGCCUGUUGGUUGUGGGAUUACCUGCGACGUAGCUCACAGGCUGGAUUUCUUCUUCCUCUUAGUGGAGGUAUCGAUAGCUCAGCUACAGCCUGUAUUGUCUAUUCCAUGUGUCAUCAGGUGUGCCUUGCUGCAAGUAAUGGAAAUCAGCAGGUAAUUGAAGAUGCGCGGAGGAUAGUGAAUGAUCCUCAGUAUGUCCCCAAGGACCCACGGGAAUUUUGUCAACGCAUCUUUAUCACCUGCUACAUGGCGAGUGAGAACUCUUCACAAGACACUUGCAAUCGAGCCAAAGAGUUAGCAGAGCAAAUCGGCAGUUAUCACAUAAACUUGAACAUCGAUCCAGCGGUGAAGGCGAUGAUGGGAAUAUUCCGUUUGGUAACCGGUAAAUCUCCACAGUUUGCAGCACAUGGUGGCAGCAGAAGAGAGAACCUGGCCCUACAGAAUUUGCAGGCAAGAAUUCGCAUGGUCAUCGCAUAUCUCUUUGCUCAGUUAUGUUUAUGGACUUCUGGAAAACCUGGAAGCUCAUUGGUUCUUGGAUCAGCCAAUGUAGAUGAGAGCCUUUGCGGAUACCUGACCAAAUACGAUUGCUCCAGUGCUGACAUCAACCCAAUUGGUGGCAUCAGUAAGACCGAUUUAAGGAGCUUUAUACAGUACUGUAUUGAAAACUUCCAACUCACCGCACUGAGAAGCAUUAUGUCUGCGCCACCAACAGCUGAACUGGAGCCACUUUCAGAGGGACAGACAUCUCAAACUGAUGAGGCUGAUAUGGGAAUGACCUACACGGAACUGUCUGUCUUUGGGAAGCUAAGAAAGAUUGCAAAGUGUGGACCUUACAGUAUGUUCUGCAAAUUGCUCUACAUGUGGAAAAGUAUCUGUACCCCAAGGCAGGUGGCUGAGAAAGUGAAACAUUUCUUCCAGAUGUACUCGAUUAACCGGCACAAGAUGACGACACUGACCCCUGCGUACCAUGCAGAAAAUUAUAGUCCUGAUGACAAUCGGUUUGAUCUUCGACCAUUCCUGUACAAUGCUAGUUGGUCUUGGCAGUUCAAGUGUAUUGAUAACCAGGUUUCAAAGCUCGAGAGCAAUCAAGAAAGUUCCAACGAUGUUGUUUGUGACGAGCUUGACUGAAUCUUACAACUCAGUGUUGAGCACAAUUGCCAACAAUGGACGGAGAGAAGUGUGCUCCCACAGAAUCAAACCACAGACUUUGUUGUAGCUGUAUAGCAAUAAAGCCUAAAGUGAAAAUCCUUUCCAUUCUUGAGAAAUAAUACUCCUGUUCAACAUCUUUGGAACACGAGAAAGCCGUUCAGACCAUUGAGCCUUUCUUGCCAUUCUAGACCAUGACAUCUACCUCAAUAUCACUUUCUAACGCCAUCUCCCAUAUCCCUUUCACAUCAUUAUCUUCCAGAAGCAUAUUCAUUUUAUGUCUUCAACAGUCUCAAUGACUGAGCUUCCAAAGUCCUUUGGAGUAGAGCAUUCCAAAGAUUCACCACUGAGUGAGCAAAUUUCUGC